AUGCCCCAGUUCAGCAGCUUUACUUCAAAGCAGAAACUUGACUUAAAGACUACUCACUUCGCCGGCAACUCUAAAACACAAAUUAUAGCCUCCAAGACAUUCGUAAUCAUUGCUGGCGUCGGUCCCGUAACGGGCACCUCCAUCGCCAGAAAGUUUGCUAAAGCCUACUCCGUGGUUCUUCUGGCCCAUAAUCCGGCUAGCUAUAAGGCUAUUGUCGAGGAAAUCAACUCUGGCGGUGGCCAGGCCGUAGGCAUUAGUACAGACCCCACCGAUUCGAACAGUCUAAAGUAUACUUUAGACCAGAUCGCAACGCAGUACUUAGGCUCUGCUCUUGCAGCGGUAAUAUUUAAUUCUGGCGGUAGGUUUACGUGGAAGGCAUUCCUAGAUCUGAUGGACGAGGGUCAUCGUUGCAUGCGCCUUAGCACCUAUCCUAGCAUUAACUCUGCGAUACACUAUGUCUGCACACUAGAAGUGGAACCUGCCCGACCAGUGUAUCUAUCAGGUGAGACUUAUUCCUGCAUCUUUUCGGAUUGGCACGCUGGCCAGCCCCUUAGCUACUAG